GUAAAUUACCGGUAAAAAACGCGUCAAUGACCAAGCCUGUUUUACCAUACCGGUCAGAAAAAUGCUGAUCUCUGAUUGGUUAAUACAUGUCCAAUCACAGUUUAGAAUUCCCAACGGCAUACAACUGUUUAUUUGUUCUAUCAGAUAAGGAUUUUCAUUGAGAACUUGGUGCAAUGGGGGAGAACAAAUCAAUAUAUAAACAUUUCUCUGCAUUACCUCUGCAACCUAACCAAAAAUUAAAAUCGUAUUCAUGUAACUAUUGCAAGAAAAAGUAUGCAGAAAACAUUACUCGCAUGCGAAAACAUCUUUAUAAAGAGUGUAGAAGUUGUCCUCAAGACUUACGGAAACUUUUAAAACCAUGUAAACCUCGUAAACGAAAUAAUUCUCAUCUAAACAGCACAGACGACUCAUUUACUAUUGAAGAUUUGAAUGGAGCAGACAAUAGAGCAAGUACUUCAAUGAUUUCAAAUGAAAAUUUACCAAAUAAUAUAAGUGUUUGUAGCAAUAACUAUAAAAAAAAUACAAUCGAUAGUUUUUGUGAUAAAAUGUCAAAAAAAGAUGAAGAUUCUCUACAAGAACUACUUGCAGAAGCGAUUUAUGCAUCUGGUACACAAUUAUGUAUAACAGACGAUCCAUAUUGGCUAAAAUUUUUUAACGCAUUACGGCCUUCAUUUAAUUUGCCAUCAACAAAUCAAAUAUCAAAUAAUCUUUUAGAUUCAGUAUUCGUUAGAACACAAAAUAUGGUUAAUGAAAAAAUUGAAUCUGCUACUACUGUUGGAGUGCAAUAAAUUAAAUCUAAAUAGUGAUAAGGUAUUAAAAGAUUUAACAGAUUAUGUGUCAGAAUCAAGUAUGUGGAGUUACGACUACGUUAAGCGAGCAAGUAUAAUCACUUCAGCAUGUCAAUGGUGGCAAAGUAUUUGCCAAAAAUCUUCGUUGAGCAAAAUAGCUGUGGCUAUAUUGACUUUACCUGCAACAUCAGCUGCAACCGAGCGUUCCUUUAGUACACAAGGAUGGAUUCAUUCAUCUAAAAGAAAUAGGUUAAGUAUCGAUAGAGCUGGAAAAAUAACAUACAUUGCAAGAAAUUUAAAAUUACUUAAUCCUUCACCAAAAAAUACAGAAGAAGAAUGGGAAAAAGAUGAGGAAAGUAAUAAAGGAGAGGAUGAAAUAAGUGAAAUUUGUGCUGAGCAUGAAGAAGUUGAAUUUUUAGAAGAAGAAUUUACUCAAGACUAAUUAGUGAUGUUGAUGGAAUUGAAUCAGUAUUAGACUUGUUAUUUCCUAAUGAAAUAUGUCAAUUAUUA